CACAUCGAGUGAUCUGUCGGUGAACGUUGGACUUCCUUCCAACUAGCUCGAGCUGAACAUUGACCAGCACACCCAACCUCAUUAUCUUCGAGAUCGCUCCAUGGACAGCACAUUGCGACUUCCUACCGAGAUCAUCGCUAAGAUCUUCGUCCACUGCCUCCCCCGUCUAUUCGACGCCACGGAUGAAUUGGCUUCAUUCAAGUUACGCAAUGCGCCUACCCUCUUGACAACGGUCUGCAAGAGAUGGCGGGAUAUCGCUCUGGACACUCCUCAAUUAUGGUCCAAUAUCUAUAUCGGGACACCCCAAGAAGCGUUCAUGUCGUCUGCCAAACAGACACUUGGAUCUUGGCUUGCUCGUUCUACUCAUUUUCCUCUCACCAUCACCAUCUAUGCCAUGGGUAUUGGAGACUACAUAGAGGCCUGCUUUGACAUGCUGGUCGCUCACGCUCACCGUUGGGCGUGUGUCAUCGUUCUGGACGCCACAGUCGCAUUGAACUUAUUAUCCCGUCACCCAGACAGACAGCAGUCCGUCCUAUCCAGAUUUCUCUUCGAACAAUGCGUUAAAGAUAUAAAAUCGAGCGAAAUAGAUUCUCUUUCGGACCUCUUAUGCCAUGCCCCUCGACUUCGGGAAGUAGUCAUGCGCUUCACAUCGACACAGUGGACGUUACCUUGGACCAAUUUGACGCACCUUUCGCUGCGUCCAUAUCAUCCCGCCAGCAUUCCUGACACGGUCGAUAUGUUAUCGCGGUGCAGUAACCUCACCUCUCUGCAUCUCAAUUUUGCAGAUUCACGCAUUGAUCUCGUCUGGGACACCAAGGGCGCUGUGUUCCCUCCACUAGUCAUGCAUCAUUUGCAGUUUUUGAUGAUUAAAACGCAUGUACGGGGGGUUUGCCAACUGCUCCUGGAUGCUUUUGAAUUUCGGGAGCUACAGCACCUGCUCAUCCAUGUUCUGAUCGAUUUCAGGAGGUCAGAGAUAUUCGUUCCGCCUCCAUGGCCGGCACUCCGCCGUGUGCUUUCACACAGCACCCAUUCGAUGGAGAUAUUCGACCUCCAUCUCUUCGACUGGAAAUGUGAUGACGACCUGGCUGACAUUCUCGCCACCCUGCCAAACCUCACUUCGAUCUCAACCUGCCUAGUCUCUGACGUCCUGAUGGACCGCCUCACGUUGAAGUUUUCCCCUGACGGACGCUUGAUAUCCGGCCAGAAUCUGAAGUUGCGAGAGCUGGAGAUCGGACAGAAGUACAAUGAUGACAUCUGGAAGGACGACGGUGUGAAUCCGGAGGCAUCGCACACGAAUUUCCUGGACAUGGCCGAAUCGCGCGUCUCGCUGCCCGCGAAUGCAGUCGACGCCGAUGGCGGUGCGAUCACUCGGCUCAGGACGCUCCGAUUCGGCGGGAAGAAGAUGGAGGUCAUGGAGAGUGACGCACCCGCCGAAUGCGCACGGAUGAGAGCGCUGGAGGACCAAGGAUUGUCGUUUGUCGUUAUGCCGCAUGACCGUCUUUUGUCCCUGCAUUAGCUGACUUUUCACUGGAAUUUUCUGUGAUUUGCAGCUAUAUCUUGAAAGUCGAUGGCCUCGGACACGACAUCAUUUUGUGUAACGAAAUUCCUGUUCGGUAGUUUUUCUGAUGAUACUCAACUCUCACGCACCGUCUGUACCUAUGUGGUUGUGCUUCGAAGCUUUCGUAUGAUGACCUCCUGACUCGUGUAUUAGUCCGCUUGUGUAGGUUUAUGUGACAAUCCAGACGUACUGCCAGCAU